UCUCCGUCGUCCUCCUGGCUAGUUGGCUUGCUUCAUUCUCCGAAUAUUCUUUUUCUUCACCUCGCCCACCUGGAUCAUUUUCUUAAAGUUCCAAAUAUAUCCCCAACUUUAAACCUAUAUAUAACCCUCCAGUCAAAAAUUGAAUUCGAUUCAAUCCUCUAUGCCAUUUUUUCUUCCGUUUAAUGCACGAAUUCCUUUCCCACUUUCACUGCCUUCUCAUAUUAGUCAUCGAAUUUUGAUAAUCCGACUAGGGUUCCGAAUUCGGGGUAAAUAUUCAAUUGGAGUAACACCCAAUGAUCGUUGAAUUGAGGAAACUUGAAUUGAAUUAACAGAAUUCUGUUGAGUUCAAUUCGCAUUAUUUUUCGUUCCGGAUUCUUUGGCGGUAGUAUCUGUGGAGAUGACAUUGCCAAUGGAUAAAUUGUGUUUAGGGUUGAUCGAUCCACAGGAUGAUCCACAAAGUUCUGAAAUCAAGAAAACAUAUGUGGUUCUAGUAUCGACAGGAAGCUUCAACCCUCCUACAUACAUGCACAUGCGGUGUUUCGAGUUGGCAAGAGACGCACUAAAUUCAGCUGGGUUUUGCGUAAUUGGAGGUUAUAUGUCACCUGUAAAUGAUGCUUAUAAGAAAAAGGGUCUCAUAUCUGCUGAACAUCGUCUUGCAAUGUGCAAUUUGGCCUGCAGAAGUUCUGAGUUUGUGAUGGUGGACCCCUGGGAGGCAAAUCAGAGUACUUAUCAACGGACAUUGACAGUUUUGUCCAGAAUCAAGAGUGCAUUAUGUGAGAGUGGCCGGAUAUUCAGUGGUACCCUUAAGGUCAUGCUAAUAUGUGGUUCUGACCUGGUAGAAUCAUUCAGCACCCCUGGAGUAUGGAUCCGUGAUCAGGUUGAGGCAAUAUGCAGAGAUUUUGGGUUGGUUUGCAUUCGCAGACAUGGUCAGGAUGUUGAGAAGAUGAUCAAUGAUGAUGACAUUCUGAACAAUUUUAAGAAUAACAUCAAAAUUGUUGACGAAGUGGUGCCAAAUGGAAUCAGUUCAACAGGAUUGAGGGACUGCAUUUCGAGGGGCUUGUCUGUGAAAUAUUUAACUGCUGAUGAAGUAAUUGGUUAUAUUAAACAACAUGACCUCUACACCACUUAGAAGUCCGAUGAUGCCUCUGCUUUUUAAGUAAUCUCCUAUUUGAAGGACCGCUGUAUUAAACAUUCUACUAUUAUAGUAGGAGUGGUAGUUUAUUUGCUAGGAAAGGCAUAUGGCUGAUGUUUCAGAUUUUCAGUCCCGUUAGUAUGACUCAGGGAUUUAACUUGGGUAGCAAAAGCUGCUCGUGGAUGAGUCGCCUGGUCUUUGACGGACCGUGGAAGUUACUUUCUACCUUGAAGCGGGAUGGAGAGACUGUCUAAUGUAUUCAAUUUUUGCCACAGAAGUUGACAUUUCUCAAUAUUGCGGCCAAUGUGUCAGGAGAGAAGAAUUGGAAGACAUGUAUAUAGUCUCUAUAGGAUGUAAGAUGUCUCUUAAUUUUUUUUCUUUUUUCUUUUACAUAUGGCUGAGAAUUUUAGAAAGGGUUCAAAGGCGAUCUCUCAUGAGCAAUAUUAAAUGUAGUCGUAGCUUAAACGUACUUUAACAUAUUGACAGUAGUCUUGUAGACUACCAUUUCCUGAAGAAAAAAGUAUACACCUCACGUUGUACUUUAAGGCCUCCAUCCUCACCUACAAUUCCUCUCGACCCUCGAGUAUUGUCACUCGCAUUUGAUAAAAUCUGCAGUUUUUCGUAA